AUGCUCCUGGACCAGAGCCAUCCCUUUCCCUCCUCCCCUCCGCCCGCCGGCUACCCAGGCGCUCCGGGCCAGCCGCUCCGUCCGGCGCCCGAACCCCCGCUCGCCCGCCCGGAGCCCGAGCCCCCGCUCGUCAGUCAGACACCCGAGCCCCCGCUCGCCCGCCCGGAGCCCGAGCCCCGCUCGUCAGUCAGACACCGAGCUCCCGCUCGUCAGACACCGAGCCCCCACUCGUCAGUCCGGCGCCCGAGCCCCGCUCGUCAGUCAGACACCCGAGCCCCCGCUCGCCCGCCCGGAGCCCGAACCCCCGCUCGCCCGCCCGGAGCCCGAGCCCCCGCUCGUCAGUCAGACACCGAGCCCCCGCUCGUCAGUCCGGCGCCCGAGCCCCGCUCGUCAGUCAGACACCGAGCCCCCGCUCGUCAGUCCGGCGCCCGAGCCCCGUUCGUCAGUCAGACACCCGAGCCCCCGCUCGCCCGCCCGGAGCCCGAGCCCCCGCUCUUAGUCUCGGACCGGCCCGCGGCCUUCACCAUGCUCACCCUGCUGCUGCUGCUGCUGCUGCUGCUGUCCUCGGCCCUGCUCACGCAGCCGACGGUCGGGGAUCCUCUGCCCCAUCCCAGAGGCGUGCCCCUGGCGCGCUGCCUGCUGCCCCCAGACGCCGGGCCCUGCCGGGCCCUCCUGCCCAGCUUCUACUACGACCGCCACCUGCAGAGCUGCCGCCCCUUCACCUUCGGGGGCUGCGAGGGCAACGACAAUAACUUCGACACGCAGGAGGACUGUGAGCAGGCCUGCGGCUGGAUUCCGAGAGUCCCCAAAAUCUGCCGGCUGGAAGUCAAUGGGACAGAAUUGGUGAGGGACCAGGAGCUGUAUUUCUUCAACCUCAGUUCCAUGGCCUGUGAGAGGCUGCUGUUCCAGGGGCCUCACGGCAAUCACAACCGCUUCCCGGAUGCUGCCACCUGCAAGAACUUCUGUGCUCCUGCCAAAAGCCCCGCCCUCUGCUACAGCCCCCUGGAUCCGGGCUCUUGCUCAGCAGAUGUGCCCCGCUACUAUUUCAACUGGAAAAGCAAACGCUGCAAGCCCUUCACCUACAGCGGCUGCGGCGGCAACGAAAACAACUUUGUCUCCAGGAGGGCCUGCUCCAAAGUCUGUGUGAGAGCCCUGAAGGAAAAGCUGAGGAAGGCCCCCAGACUGGGCUUUGUCAACAAGAUGAGGAUGUACAAGAAGCUGCCGUGACCGGGUCCCUGCCUGGGACCUCGGGAUUGGAUCUGCCCCGGCCCUUCCUGGACCCAACCUGCGGAAAGGUUAGGGCUCAUGUGACCCCGCACAGGACACUGGAAACACGGGGCUGGCGGAGCUGCCCGUAUUCCUCGGAUCCAGGAGACGUCGUUCUGUGUGUGUGUGUGUUGUUCUGUCACUGGCAGCUCUUUGUCACGGUUCCGCCACUCAGUGGUCCUUGGCUGAGCCCUACAGCUCACUCCUCUUCUUCUAUUAUAUUCUCUUCUGUUCAUUUUGUGGGUGACUGACUUGGGGCAUUGAGGCGCUGCAGGGUCUGAUGAGGGGCCUCGAGCAUGAGGAGACUAGUGGGCCCCAUGUUUUAAGGAUUGGAUUUCUGAAGGUGAGGGGGAAACCAUCUCAGUGAUAGCUGAGACAGAAGCCGUGCCAGGGCCCUUUUGUCCGGCCUUGUCAGACCCAGGUUGGGUCCUCGGGGAGCUGGAAAGGUAGCUUUUCUGAAGGCUUCUGCCCCAGUAGGUAGAGAGUGGCUGCAAGUGGCUGAGGGGAGGGGAAGGAGGGGCAGGGGAUGGUUGUACAGCCCUUUUGACCCUGGCAUCUAAAUCCCGGUAACCAGCAGCCUCUAGAGUGCCCCAAACCAGGCCCCAAAUGCCCCAAACCAGGCCCGAAAUGCCCAAUGCCAGGCAAGGCUGGUUAUUCUUGUGAUUAAAAAGGCUGCAGUCACGGGAAGCAUCCUUGAAUACAAGGAUCCUCUUCCAAGGAUGUCUCAGGGUUAGAAAAAAGCACGAAAAGCUGAGCUUCUAGGGCAAGAGGGACGAGAGUGCUUACUUUCCUCCAGUCAGAGAACCCACUGUCAGAGGGAAACAAAAAGCCACUGUGAACACGGGAAGGGGGUGCAGGAGAAGCGAGCAAGGGAGCCAUUUGGGGGACUUGUAGCAUCCGCUGCUCCCGGCCACCCUUCCUGGGGGUCAGUGCCUCCCUGACCACACUGACCAGGAGGGUUUUCCUCUUCAAACCUGUACUCCAGAAAGCCGACAAGGCAGAGGUUAUGUCCACGGUCCCCAUCCACAGGGAUGGCCUUGGAGGCCGGGAAGGGAAGGGCCUUUGAUCACAGAUCAAGGGCCCUGAAGGCUGGAAGAGCUUUGGAUUCCUUCCAGUCUAUCCCCUCCCCCAAACCAGGAUGUUCUCCUGCCUGCAUUGUUUUCCCAAAGCAGAAAAGUUGACAUUUCCCAGCUUUUCCAGUCCCUUCUUCUCCUGAGUAGGAGCCCCUCCUUUUGAGGGUUAAAUAGUUUGUGCUUUGUGUGCUCCCUGAAGUACUGUUGUCUUUCUACCAAGAAUCACACUUGAAUUUAACACAUAUCUUCAGUAUCACCAAGUUCUUAAUAAAACAUUUAUUUUAAUGAA